GGAGCUCUGGAGCCAUGACUGAGCCGCAGGAGCAGCUGCUGCAGCUGCAGAAGGACAACCGAGAUGGCCGCCUGCGGAAGCAGGAGCUAGAAGAGCUGGUGCGUGGGCUGGAAGCCGAGAGCGAGAGCCUCACCGGGCGCCUGGAGGAGCUGCGGGAGCGCGAGCGCAGCCUGCAGCGGAGACGAAGUCAAGCAUCACGAGCCAUUCGAGGCGAGGCAUGUGAGGCGGCACGGGAGCGUGCGGAGCGGGCUCGUGGGCUGCUGGAGGCGGCGGAGCAGCACCGGCAGGACCUGGAGCAACACAAUCGGAAGCUGCAGGAACAGUGGGAGGAACUGUCCAGUCAGCUUUUCUACUAUGGAGGGGAGCAGCUAAGUCAACAGCGAGCGGAGCAGCAACUAGGGAACCAGCUUGUGGCGCUGCAGAAACAUCUGGAGCUGGCGGAGGCCAAAUUCAGCAUGCAGGCAGAGGACCUGCGGCAGGGUGCGCAGCGGACAGAAGAGGCCUGGGCCAGCUUCCAGGAGCAGAGUGGAGUCCUGCAGGAGCUGCAGGGGAAAGUGAUGGAGGCAGCAGCUGCGCUGGAGGCUACGCGCGGUGGCUCGGAACCGUGGAACUCAGAGCCUCGUCCGGUGCAGGACUGCGCGGGCUCACUCAUGGAGGAGGUGGCCAGGGCUGACUGCGAAAAGCGACUGUUCGGUGGUACAGGCGCGGGAAGCCUCAGGCUGUGGGCGCUGAGCGCACUGCAGACGUUGCUGCUGCUCCCGCUGGGUUUCCUGGUGCUGCCGCUGAUUUACGUGGUGCUGGCGAAGCCUGACGCCGUUGGCCCGGGGCUCCAGAGUCUCGGCUCUGACGCGGUCUUCCGCCGGCUGCGCUACACGCUGUCGCCUUUACUUGAGCUGCGUGCGCGCGGAUUGCUGCCUGCCUAGAGUGCAUCAUGUCGGCUUUGGCCGCUUGUACCUCUGUCUCCUUUGUGUUUUCUGGGUGCCUGCUUAUAUGAAAAGGGUGGGGGUGAAGUUCGUCUGUUCCGAUAUCACCUGAGUGCAGGGGUGCCUGUCUGUGGCGGGGCUGCUUGUGUCCAGGCCGCAGCCUGACCCCUCUAGGGGGCUCUUCUGAACCUGAGCUUUGGGUAGGAUGGGUGUGGGUGCUGGCCUGUCGGGUCCCCUCCGUAGUGGGUGGAUUAUUUUCCCUGGAUGCGGAUGCACAGUUACUCCAGAUCUACUUCAACGUUGGGGUUCCCUCUUGGGCAGGUUCGAGUUCGCCAUACCUCCCUCACAGCAUCUGAACACACCGGGUAGUGUAUGCUUGCCACCGUGGGCUUUGUGGGGAACAUGCAGUAGAUAAGGAUUGCCCUGCUGAGUGGAAAUUAAUCUGGGUUGAAUUUCCAAUAAACUCUAGACUACUUGUUUAUUUA